AUGUCAACGGAUUUGGUGGGAGCCGUACAUCCCAGCAGUGUGCACCUGGCCCAUCAGUUGGGCUCUGGAGCCUUUGGCCUUGUGUACCAAGGCUUGGUGCAGCUGCAGGGCAUGAACACAACGCAGAUUGUGGCGGUUGAAGUCCUGCCGGGCUCCGCCUCUCUGGAGGAACAGGAUGCGUUUUGCACGUACCUCGGUCGCCUUGAGGCACUGGGCCCGCAUCCAAAUCUUGUUGAUUUGCUCGGGCACUGCCUCGGCGAUACGCCCCUGAUGGGGCUCUUUACUCUGGGUAAUCUGGGCAGCCUUCGCGAACUUUUACGCGCAAGCCGGCAACCUUCAGAUUCUUUAAGCUUGAAGGGGGCAAAUCUCACCUCAUUGGCUCGAGAUGUGGCAUGCGGUAUGGCUUACCUAAGCCUACAUGGCAUACAGCACGGCUACCUGUGCGCUGCAAACGUCUUGGUGGAUUCUGAUCGAGCAUGCCGCGUUUCGCGGCAUUGUGCCCCUUUGCCUGCACACAGAACCUAUGAGCGGUGGUUGGCGCCCGAGCUCUGGGAGGCCUCUGCACCCUUGUCUCAGCCGGGUGAUGUUUGGGCCUUUGGCGUCACGGCAUGGGAGAUCUUCACGCUUGGCGCAACACCGUACGUAACGCAGCCCGUUUUCGAGCUCAAACCAUGGCUGGCAUCGGGUCAUCGCCUUGAAAAGCCUAGAUUGGCUUCUGCGGCAACAUUUGCCCUCUUGACAGACUGUUGGGCAGCUGAAGCACAACAGCGUCCAGAUUUCACUGCUCUC